AUGGGUGUAGGGGGAGGCACAGUUUCUCGAGAGGCCCAACGAAACCUCGACAAAGCAGAAGAUCUAUGCAGAAGAAAGAAGCCAGAGAAAGCGAUACCGUUCCUUCUCAAAGCGCUGGAGGAUCCAAACAAUCUCGAUGCCGCUGUGCAAAUGGCAUUCCUCAUGCCCAACCUCGACAUGUCUGUCAGCGUGCUCGAUGGAGCAGCGCAGCGAGGCCGUGAGCACAUGGUGCGCAUCUUUGGGCCACAAGCAUUCGACGAUGAGGGUAGCACAGUCGGGCACUUCUGGGGCCUCAUCGAGACACGUCCGUAUAUGCGUGUCCUUCAGGCACUAGUCAGAACCACCUUCGAGAAGAAAGAUUACGCGAGAUCGGCGGACACCAUCAUAGAGACGCUGCGACUCUGCCCCGGAGACAACAUGGGCCAGCGCGAAUGGCUCGGUUCCAUACUCUUGAAGGCGGGCCGUCCCGCCGACGCGUUGUCCUUCAUUCAAGCUUGGCUACAGCCCGAUGUUGUACGGACGGGAAAUCCCCCUCCUCGCGGCGGCUGCGCUUUCCCGCCUCCGUCACAGAAACCAUUCACCCAGCAGCAGGUGGACAAUGUGGAUUACUGGGAAGGCGCCUUCGCUUACACGGGAGCACUCGCUGUGUUCAAGUUAUGGGGUGAUUGCGAGCUUGCGAGACAGUUCUUGUUCAUAGCAGCCAAAAUAAAUCCCCAUGUGCUGCAGAAGAUCCUGGCGAGAAUUGACCAGCCGAGUGAGUGUGAUGUACCGUUGCUCAUCAUCGAGACUGAUUCCCCCGAUUUUUAG